AUGGAUUGGAUGAGAGAGCACGGCUCGGUUAGCAGCCUGAGGAGCGACGCGGCGAAUAGCGUGCGGAGCCGCACACACGUGAGCGAGGUUGUGAUGGAGAGUGACGUGUUGGGUGAAACUUCCCGUGGUGAAGAAAGUUUCAUUAUGGCUACCCAAGAAAUGAGUGCCAUCUUUGCCAGCGUGCACAUGGAGGAAAGGAAGAAGUCAGUCCAAAUACAAGAGAACCUAAAGAAUUACUGCACAGAACUAGCUAAUGACUGCAGAGUACGUGCACACUAUGUACAAAAGCAAUGUUCCGAGGUGCAAAGGGAAGCGACUGCUUCUUCUGUUCGUAAGGAGAAAUCAUAUCUUCGUAAUUUAAGGAAGCUGACGAAGAAGGGGUAG